AUGGCAGCCAGAGCCUCUCUAUCCCAUAACGAUUACACAGUCGGAUGGAUAUGCGCUUUACCCCUGGAGAUGGCAGCCGCAAAGCUCAUGUUGGACGCAAUACACCCGAGUCUACCUCGCCCACCGACGGAUCAAAAUACGUAUAUUUUGGGAAAUAUCGGGGAUCACAACAUCGUUAUUGCCUGUUUACCAAGUGGCGCAUAUGGCAAUGUAUCAGCUGCAACGGUAGCGAUGCAGUUGCUCUCGAGUUUCCACUCCGUCCGGUUCGGUCUGAUGGUCGGUAUCGGUGGAGGUGUACCAAGCAGCAACGCAGACAUUCGACUCGGCGAUAUUGUGGUGAGCCAGCCAACGGACACAUGUGGAGGCGUGAUCCAAUACGACCUCGGUAAAGCGUUAAGCGGCGGUCAAUUCCAGCGAACAGGGAUGCUUAACCGGCCACCCAAGGUCCUACUGACUGCCCUCGCUACACUCCAAGCCCACCACUUCACAGAAGAUAGCCAAGUUCUUGAAUUCAUUUCUGAAGUCCGAGCGAAAAUGACGCCGCGGAUAGCUGCAAACUUCGCACGACCAACCAAAGAAGACCUCUUAUACCAAACAGAUUAUGACCACGGAGCAUCUGAUACAUGUAUCGGUUGUGAUCGGUCGAAAUUGAACCCACGGCUUCCACGAGACCAUAAAGAACCAGUGUUCCACUAUGGACUGAUUACAUCUGCAAAUCAGGUAGUGAAAGAUGGUAGACGGCGAGAUCAGCUAGCUCGAGACCUAGGGGUCCUCUGUGUGGAAAUGGAAGCUGCGGGGCUCAUGAAUGACUUUCCAUGUGUAGUUAUUCGAGGCAUUUGUGACUAUGCGGACUCACACAAGAAUAAAGAAUGGCAAGGAUAUGCCGCAGCGGUGGCAGCGGCCUAUGCUAAAGAGCUUGUCUUGGUGAUUCCGAUCGAUCAGGUUGAAACCACUCCAACAGCACGGGACACUCUAGCAGACUCUGUUCACCGCUUCAAUGUUCCCCUAGACCUUACCGCAGUGCCUGUGAUUGAAGGUUUCCUAGGACGGCAAGACGAGCUGAACAAUCUAUGGCAGUAUUUACAACCGACAAAUUCGCCAUCACAGAAAGUUGCAAUUCUUCACGGGCUUGGCGGAAUGGGCAAGACGCAGCUAGCGAUUCGCUUCGCGCGAGAUCACAAAGAUAAUUUUACGGCUAUCUUCUGGCUGAGUGGCAAGGAUCGGGAUACGGCCUUGCAAUCGUUGAGCUUUGCCUUGAACCUAUUACCAGAACAGUACUGGGACCGCGAGACGAUCAGUGAUGAGGACGUGGAGCAGCGAGCUAGGCAUAUGUUACGGUGGCUAGCAUUGGAUGGCAACACGCGCUGGCUAAUCAUUUUUGACAACAUCGAUCAAUACUCCCCCUUCAAUAGCGCUGUUGGUGAUGGAUAUGACAUUAAGGAUUUUUUCCCUACAACAGACCAUGGGUCCAUCCUUAUCACCUCUCGACUUCAGGGGAUAACUGAGCUAGGGAAGCCUUUUCCGGUCCACAGACUUGGCUCUCAUGAUACGAUCCAACUUCUUCUGCAAAGCAGCGGUCUGUCAGCCAAGAACACCACUAGCAAGCUUAAGAACAAUCCGGCUAUCCUUGCUCUCGCCAAUCGUCUGGAUGGACUGCCUUUGGCAAUCGUUGUCGCUGGGGCAUUUAUGCGUGAAACUGGAACCAGCAUCACUGAGUACUUGGAGUAUUACCGAAAUUCUUGGUACGAACUACAGUCGCAAUCAAAUCCUGGUCGACAGUACCAGCAAGGCAACGUGCUACAAACAUGGAUGAUCUCAUAUCUUGAGAUCCAGAAGCGGGACCCGAACGCAGCAGACCUUCUACUGCUACUUUCUCGUUUUGAUAAUCGUGAUAUCUGGUACGAGUUAGUGGAGAGUGGCCGUCAUAGCUCAAGCGUCCCCGGCUGGCUCAAAAAGGCUAUAUCAAGCGGGCUCGCGUUCAAAAUUAGUGUGAAGUCUCUCAUCGGAUUCUCCCUUCUUGACGCUAAGCAACAAGAAGGAAGCUAUGCAAUGCAUCCAGUGGUACAAGACUGGUGCCUUCAUAUUGCCAGCGCAAACAAAAAUGUGAAUUCGAUGAAGCUUACUGAACUAGCACUGAUAUCUGUUGGAUACACUGUGCCUAGUGCAAGUGACAGACAUUAUUCAGAGCUUCAGCGACGGCUUGUUCCACACGCCAAUUAUGUACGUCAUCAAGAUUUGUCAGGUGACAAUAUUGCGUUAUGGGGAGCAUUCCAUGGUUUGGGGGAUCUUUACUCUGAUCAGGGGAAGCUGAAGGAGGCAGAGGAGAUGUACCAGCGAGCACUAGCGGGCUACGAGAAGGCCCUGGGGCCAGAUCAUACGUCGACUCUUGAUACAGUCAACAACCUUGGUGCUCUCUAUUUUCAGCAGGACAAGCUAAAGGAGGCAGAGGAGAUGUACCAGCGAGCACUAGUAGGCUAUGAGAAGGCCCUAGGUCCAGAUCAUACCUCUACUCUCACUACAGUCCACAAUCUUGGUCUUCUCUACAUUGAUCAGGGCAAGCUAAAGAAGGCAGAGGAGAUGUACCAGCGAGCACUAGCAGGCCAGGAGAACGCCCUGGGGCCAGAUCAUACGUCGACUCUUGAUACAGUCAACAACCUUGGUGCUCUCUAUUUUCAGCAGGACAAGCUGAAGGAGGCAAAGGAGAUGUACCAGCGAGCACUAGCGGGCUACGAGAAGGCCCUAGGGCUAGAUCAUACAUCUACUCUCAAUACGGUUAACAACCUUGGUCGUCUCUACUCUGAUCAGGGCAAGCUAAAGAAGGCAGAGGAGAUGUACCAGCGAGCACUAGCAGGCUACGAGAAGGCCCUGGGGCCAGAUCACGAUUGGACUCGGCGGCUUGCAGCGACGUUGAACGUAUUAAGCAUUGCAACUGGAUAA